AUGCAGUCACUCUCUGUCGCAAGCCUCCUCCUCGCGGCCGCGACCGGGGUCUUCGGGCACGGCCGUGUCCUGACGCCGCUGGCGCGCGAGGCCGGCGACGCCUUCAAGCAGAACUGCGGCGAGCAAAUGUUCAACAACGUCAAGGGCGACCCCAACGGCAACAUCCAGCAGCUCGCCCAGCAGGCGCCGCGCCAGGGGUUCGACGCGUCCAAGUGCCAGCUCGAGCUGUGCAAGGGCAUCCCCUUUUCCGACAACAACAAGCCGGAGCGGAUCCAAAAGUUCUCGCCGGGCCAGAAGGUCGACUUCAACGUGGCCAUCACGGCGCCGCACUCGGGCAUCUGCAACGUCAGCGUCGUCGACACGACGUCCAACUCCAUCAUCGGCACGCCCCUGAUCGAGUUCGACAACUACGCCUCCACCAAGACGGGCGUGGCCAAGAACAACACAAACUUCAGCGUCACCAUGCCCGCCAGCCUGCCCGAAAAGUGCGGCACCGCCGGCGCGUGCGUGCUGCAGUGGUUCUGGGACAGCCCCAUCGAGGCCAAGCAGACCUACAUCAGCUGCGUCGACUUUGCCUUCUCCGGCGCCGGCUCAGGUGCCACCCCUCAGCCUGCCCCUAGCGCCCCUAGCGCCCCUAGCGCCCCUAGCGCCCCUAGCGCCCCUAGCGGCGGUAAUAGCACUGCUGGGACCGGCUCCGGGACCGGCACCGCCCCCAGCCCUGCCACCAGUAGCGGGGCCAACGCUGGUUCCCGUCCCAGCAACCGCGGCUCGGGGGCCAAGUCUGGCUCUGGCUCCAACUCGCGGGAGUGCUCGGGGAGGUAAACGCGCUCGGGUGACGCUGGCGCCUGGUGCACGAGUUGGAGGAGGCCGGUCCCUUGUUAGCUGUACAUAGAUAUGAUUAGCACCCUGUACAUGAUUCUCUUGAUUUCGCUUCUCUCGCCGUUCCGAAUCUAGAUCCCG